AUUUCUUUUGGAUAAAGAGGGGUUUUCAUGUUCUUGAGGAUCGCAAAGGUUGGAUUAUGAAACAAGCUUGCGUUCGAUGGAGAGCUUUCAAGACUAGAUUAAGGCUCAAGUGGUUGUACCUGAAAGAUGGAACAAUCAAUGAUUCUCCACCAUUGAAAUAUCCUUUCAUAUCUAAAGAUGAUUGGGAAAAAUUCAUUCAAGCUUGUAAUUCUAGGGACUUCAAGAAAUUGAGUGAAAGAAAUCGUGAAAGUUCGAAGAAGAGGACCUCAAAAUAUCGAGGUGGGAGACUUGGCUAUCAAUAUUUUGAAGAAACAAUUGAAAAAGAGCUGGAGAAGCAAGGAGUACAUGUUUCAUACGUGCCUCGGCAUUUGACUUGGAUCAAAGCUCAUUCUCAUGUGAAGAAUGGAGUUUUAACUUUUGAUAAUCCUGCAGAUAAGGAAAUCCAUGAUGUAAUAGUAAGAUAUAUUAGCAUUUGUUUUUCUUGUUUUUCAGUCACUAAGAUUAUUAUUUAGUGACUUAUAUAAUUC